AUGUUGUUCCAGGUAACAGCCUUGGCUGUGCUCAGCACAACAUUGGCGAAAAACUCGACGGCAAAAGCGAAACCGAAACGACAAUUAGACAAUAUCCGAACACCGCAGAACUUACAAUACUCCUUGGUACUGCCACAUUCAAGAGUGGCUCACUUCAGAUCCAUCUCCAACAGUAACCGAAGAAUUUCCAAUGGACCCUCGAAAGGCAAACUGCCGCCCUAUGCCGUCCAGAUGGAGCCUGUAGUCCAAUACUCUCAGAAAGAUCCUUUGUACGACCCUAGUCUGGAUAAUGUAGAAGAUUCAGUUGUAAACAAGAAUGAGAUCUACGCGCAGUCCAAAAUCCUUAAUGUACAGGACCAAUCUUCGGAAGUCAGUUACGGCCCGCCUUAUGGAUCUCUGCCAACCGCUCCGUUAUACAGUCACGACCCUCACGCGCAAUACUACGAAGAACCCGAACCUAUCAUUGAAAUCAUCAUCAAGGAGUCAAAUGAAUCUCUCCCCGCGCCUCCGCCUACACCAGCGCCAAAAAAGAAGAAGGAACCUGUACAUGUAUUUUACGUGAAGUACAGUAAAGACCCGCAUUCAAAAGACAAGGUUGUUUAUGAAAAGCCCAUCCCUGCGAUCACUCCUGCAACUAAUGAGGAAGACAGUCACCACGACGACUACGUUACAGUGACUCCAGAGCCAGUUUAUCUACCACCUAAAACAACAACAUUGAGAGCCAUCAUCAAACCAGAAUCUGAGAUUUAUCAUAGUGACAGUAGCGUGAAAAUUACUUUUGGUAAUGAAGGACGUCAUUACAAUGAGAGACGGAGGCAUGAGGGCGACUCAGUUCCUGAAGAACGUGAGGAGACUGCUCCAAGGCCCGCAAUCGCAUUCCCUAAUGAUCCGUUACCACAAAGUCAUCCUCCUAUUGAGCGUUCGGCUUCUCCGAAACCUCAGUUCCACGAAAGUGCUACUCGACCCACGAUAUACCAACCAAAUCCUAGCGUACAAACUUACAAAUCUGUGUCUCCUCAUGCACAAAGCCGCAUCCAAUUUCAACCACAAUAUUUCCCAUCAGAACAACAACUACCAAGACAAGGACCAUCUGCUUCUACAUUCAGAUCCCAAUCACACGCUCCUCGCCAUCCUUUCGGUCCCUCACCCUCAUCUUUAAUCCCCAACCCUGCCUUUGCAAACGGCCCCACGGGACCCAUAUUCUCUGGACCCACUGCCAGCCCAGCACACGCUAACCCUGUAGUUUCACCAUUCCCUAACACAUUCCAGAGAACAAAUCCAUCAAUUCAGACUCGCCCGAAUAGUCAGCCACCACCAUUUGGAACAAGAACGCACUUUAACGGACCUCCUAGGACAAGUUUCCACUCUGGACCUCAAAGACCUUUCCACCAACCACAACCACAAUCUAAGCCAUACUUUGACGAACCCAAAUAUUUGCAGGAGAACUACCAUACCAUAACAACUGAACAAGUAGACCCUCCUAAAGAACAAGUUUUGCCAAAUCGACCACCGCAACAUUUCAAUCACCAGCCGCAGCCUAGUGCUAGCCCUACUCCUUCCCAUUUCCAUGAUCAUAGAAGGCCACCAGUAAUCCCGCUGAAUCAACAACUGCCUCAGCAGAAACCACCUCAGCAAUUUGUUGAAACGAUUCACAGUAAACCUUCUCCCAUAGGUCCUAGCAGUUCUCCCUUCUUUAAUUUGAAGCCAUCACCUCCUCAAAUAGAAAAUAACCGCGUACCAUUCCAUCAGCCACCGCAACAACAGUUCAGUUUCCAUCAAGGCCCACAACCAUCUCCUAGGCCAAAUCAACACUCAUUUUCAAGUCCCGUUUCGCCUUCGCCAUCGCCUUUACCACAUAACAACUUCUUACCCCAACCAUCUGCACCUACUCUGUAUAAUUUCCAUCCUCAACCAUCACCAACACCAGAACAUCACUUCAAUCAUCAGAACUCACCGUCGGAAAGGCCACACACACAAUUUCAGCAGUCUCACGGACCUUCAGAGAGGCCAUUCCAUCAUAUACCUGGACCGUCAGAGAGACCGCAUUUCAAUCAACAAAGCAAUUUCCAAGAUCAAACGAAACAUCAACACCCACAAGAAGUUGGACAAUUUGUCCCGAAAGACGGUGAAUUAGUUCCAGCUAUAUCGAAAUAUGAACAACACAUAACUGUAAAUGGACCUACUGCUCAACCAUUCAGCGGUUUAGGAGAAUUGCAACCAUCACCGACACCUCAGCAGCAAGAACAAAAGUAUCACCAACUCCAGCAGCAACAUCAGCAGCAGCAGCAACAACAUCAACAGCAGCAACAGCAACAGCAAGAGCAAUACCACCAAAUUCAACAACAGCAACAGCAACAAUAUCACGACGCUGAGCAGGAACAAGUUCGCUUACAACUAGCUCAGAAUGUACAAAAGCAACAGGAAGAAAUCCAGCGUCUUCAGGCUCAAUUACUUUUAAGUCAACAACAACAUCAAAACAAACAAUACGAGCAAAACUUUAAACAAUUGCAACAUAAUUACAACCAACAAGUCCAAGCAACUUCACCCAGAUCGCAGUACAUUCAGGAAAGGUCACGACCGCAGCCCACUUUCGCAACAAGUACCGCUCCACCUCACUACUACCAGUCUACUUCGAGGACGGUUGAAAUAAGGCCAACCACUCAGAAGUACGUAUCUUCCACUGCAAACUCAAUAAAUAGCACUCCUGAAGACAAAAAAGAAGAGAAGAAGAAGAAGCCUGCGAUUGAGUUGCCUGAUGAAGUUCCCGAUGACCUACGCCAACAGCUUCUUUCUUCAGGUAUUUUAGAUAAUGCUGACAUUAGUGUGUUGGACUAUGAUAAAGUUGGAGAAACACCUCUUGAAUCCCUACCUCCAGACCAGUUGGCAAACUUCUUCAGCGCAGGAGGAGCGCAACAAAUAGCAGCCAGUGAAAAUAGACCAGUCGUUGUAAAACCUGACGGUAUUGAAUCUAGAAUAGACGAAGAUAUCAUGGAAGAAGAUCAAGAUGAAGCUGCUUCUGAAAACUUACCUACCUAUGUAGCACCACCUGCGACAAAACAGGAUGUUGAAAUGAAAGUUGUUCAUUUCGAUCCUAAUACGCCUGAAGGACAAAACAUAGCAAAGGAAUACGUGAAUGAAAACGCUACCCAAUUGGACCCAGUUGCUCUAAAUGACAAGAAAUAUAAUAGGUAUCUGCCAUUCAAAGUUGGUGGGAAUCAAUUCCCAUUACCAGAUAUUCUUAAAGGAAGAAAAAUUACCUCAGUUGUUGUAUUAGCUCCUGUUCAGACAGAGGUAUUAAACGGCGCGCAUACAAGGACCGAGCGAGCAGCAAGCAAUGACCUGAAAGGCAUUAAAUUCGUUGCUGGAGAAAGUCUGCAAAAUUUGUUGAAAAAACCAACGAAGGACAACUUCGAGAAAUGGUUAGAGAUAGAAAAGAAAACUGAUUCAGACAUGCAGUCAAUCGUCUUGCUUGUGUUCGGAAAUGAAAAUCCUGCUGGAAAAGAAAUAUUUAUGUACGACAUUGGAUCGGGCUCCGUGAGCAAAUUAAGUGGCGAUCUCUCCAAUGCUUUUAUUGAGGCCGCAGAGAAUAACUCGUUAACGAAAGAUAUUGAUACUUUGGCCAUUGAAGGCGAAGGUACACCAGAAAAUUUUGAAAAAGACGAAAUUGCAGAAGGUUCGGAAAAUGUGCCAUUAUUUGUAGACUUAUCAGGUGUAAGCAUAGAUCAGCGAAGUACCAAUCAAGUUUCAAUUUCAUCAGGAUACAGUAAAACUAAACACGGCAGAGCAUUGAGAAGACAUUAAUAUAAAUAUUAUCCUGCGCCUAAGGGCGUUUGAUCUUUGUAAAUAGUAUAGAAUUAGUAUUACUAAAUUAAUUAUGUCGCAAUGCUGCGUAUAGUCGUAUUUUUAAAAAGUGAUAAUGGUUGUACAAUAUAAUGUAACUGCCCUUUA